UUUUCCAAUCCUUGAGGAAGUCUAAGGUUUUGCUUCCUCCCCUGUGUUUGUGUGGGUGUGUGUGUGUGUGAGAGGAGAGAGAGAGAGAGAAGCUGCAGCACUUUCUAAAACAACUUCAGACAUACAUACCACUGGUUGCUGCCAUGGAAAGUUUCUACCAGUUUGUGUGUGUCUUCAUCGCCUCUAUUCUUUUCGGUUCCCUCACCAUUGUGCUGGUGUUAAUCUGGGUGUUUGAAUGGAGAGAAGGAUUAGCCUGGGAUGGGGGUUCAGCUGAGUUUAAUUGGCAUCCUGUCCUCCUCACCAUAGGAUUCAUUGUCAUCUAUGGACUGGCUCUGAUUGUUUACAGGUUGCCCUGGACGUGGAAAUUCAGUAAACUCUACAUGAAGUACAUUCAUGCCGGCCUCAAUAUUGUCGCCUUUGUACUUGUGGUCAUUUCACUGGUGGCAGUUUUCGACUUCCAUAACGCCAAGAACAUUCCCAAUCUGUACAGUUUACACAGCUGGAUCGGCCUGACGGCUGUUAUUCUGUACGCUCUACAGAUAGUUACAGGGUUGUGCGUCUUUCUGCUGCCUGCUACUCCUGCAUGGAUCAGGAAGUUUUACUUGCCAAUCCAUGUCUUCGCUGGGCUUUUCAUCUUUGGGAUGGUGAUUGUUGCAGCUGAAAUGGGAAUCACUGAAAAACUUAUUUUCACUUUACGCUCAAAGAGCAAUACCACUCGCUCAUAUUCCCAAUCACCUCCGGAGGCUAUUUUGGCCAAUACUCUGGGCGUUUUCAUUUUGAUCUUCGGAGGAUGCAUCAUGUGGAUUGCCACACACCCGGAAUGGAAGCGUCCGCCUGAAUUUACCUCAAUGGCUGUGCAAAUAAAGGGAAAUAAAGUCAACGAGGAACGGUCCUCCCUAAAGGCAAUGCACGCUAACGCUGAAGCCAAUAUUGAGCAGGAUGCUGAAGGAGCAGUAAGAAAUCGAAACCUCAACUUGGAAGAGCCAGGCCAAAGAUCAACGUUUUAAGAAACACUGCAAUUCCAAUGGUGUUGCACAUUGUACAAUCACGUACAUUGAUUUGCCAACGCUGCAAAGUGUUAACUGAACCUACGUAUCCAAUACAUUCCAUUUGAACGAAAUUCCUCAGAUGAAAUGACCAUCUGAAUUUCAAAUGAGUUUGAUAAAUAAUAAUAAUAAUAAUAAUAAUCCUUGCUUUUGAUAUAGCACUUUCAUGUUGGGAGGACGUCCCAAAACACUUCACAGGAUUUACUGUGAGUGACUGUGUGCUUGUGGACAAAUGUGAUUUACUGGAAAGAUGGUAAAAAAAUUAUCAUUACUUUUUUAAGAUUACUCUAAAAUACUAAAUAUUAGUAAUAGUUUUAUAUUUCUUUAGUUAACUGUAUUCUCAGAAGUUAACUAAUGUUAGAACCUUAGGUUUACAUUUGCAAAAUCACUGUGCAUGAAAUUACAGUAUAACUUGGAUCAGUUAUUAUUAUCUCUCUUAACUGAUCAAGUAUUACAAUAACUUGAUCAGUUAAGAUAUUUUUCACACUUUAAUCCAAAUGUUAUUCUUUGCAGCAAUCUUUAAUAGAUUUUGCAUGUGAAUAGCUCCAUUUUAAAAGAUGCAGAUGACCAUUAAAGUCACUUUUUAACCCAAAGAGAGAAUUUGAAAGUUUA